AUGGAUUUCCCGUCAUCAUCUAUUCAUCUAUUAAGUGAUCAUGCUAUUCUUUUGAUUUCGCUAUCCAAUGUCUCUGUUGCAGCGGGUAUUCAUGAUUUUCGCACUCCCGGAACCGGGCUCUAUUCCAAUUUGAAAAACUACAAUUUGCCUUAUCCUGAAGCAGUUUUUGAUGUCGGCUUCUUUCGGUCGAAGCCUCAACCUUUUGUGACGCUUGCCAGUGAGCUUUGGCCAGGAUUGAAGCAUUCACCAACAAUUACACACUCUUUUUUGAAAUUGCUGAGUAACAAAGGCUUGUUGUUGAGAAACUAUUCUCAGAACAUUGAUGGUCUCGAAGAUCUAGCCGGAAUCCCCGAAGAGGAGUUGGUGGAGUGCCAUGGGCAUUUUUGUUCCUCCUCUUGUAUCAAAUGCCACGAACAAGCUGAUCCCGAUCAAGUCAAGAACACUAUUGUGAAGGAAGGAUCCGUACCAAAGUGUGAAAACUGCAGGGGCAACGUGCAACCCGAUAUUGUAUUUUUUGGGGAAUCACUGCCUGAACGUUUCUACUACCGACUCUUGAAAACGGAUGUUGCAAAAGCAGACUUGUUGUUGAUAAUGGGAACUUCUUUGCAAGUUGCGCCAGUCUCUCUAAUACCUAACAUGGUCAAUUGCAGCCGAGUUCUAUUCAAUAGAGAGAAAGUUUUGAAGAUUCGAAAAAAGAAAGAUAUAUUUCUAGAAGGAAAUUGCAAUGAAAACGUUACCGAUUUAUGCGCCACAUUGGGAUGGAAGGAAGAGCUACUGGAGCACUAUGCGGGAUGUCGUUUGUCAAGUGAACCCAAACAGAUUACACGAUGA